GUUCCUCCACAGAUCUCGAAUUGCUCUUUCAAGCCUCCCAUUUCCUUCAUUGCUGAUCGAACAACUUUUGUUUCUCGUCCUCAACAAUGGCGGAUACUGAAACGUUUGCCUUCCAGGCCGAGAUUAAUCAGCUCCUCAGUCUGAUUAUCAACACCUUCUACAGCAACAAGGAGAUCUUUCUCCGUGAGCUUAUCAGCAAUUCCUCUGACGCUCUGGAUAAAAUACGAUUUGAGAGCUUGACUGACAAGAGCAAGCUCGAUGCUCAGCCAGAGCUCUUCAUCCACAUUAUUCCUGAUAAGGCAAAUAAUUCGCUGUCAAUCAUUGACAGUGGUAUUGGUAUGACCAAGGCUGAUUUGGUGAACAAUCUUGGUACCAUUGCAAGAUCUGGAACCAAGGAGUUCAUGGAAGCCCUUGCAGCCGGUGCUGAUGUGAGCAUGAUUGGACAGUUUGGAGUUGGGUUCUACUCGGCCUACCUUGUGGCUGAAAAGGUCUCUCUCUGGGUUGAGAAGACCACCGAGAAGGAGAUCUCUGAUGAUGAAGAUGAGGAGGAGAAGAAGGAUGAGGAAGGUAAGGUUGAGGAAGUUGAUGAAGAGAAGGAGAAGGAAGAAAAGAAGAAGAAGACGAUCAAGGAGGUUUCACACGAGUGGUCCUUGGUGAACAAACAGAAGCCUAUCUGGAUGAGGAAGCCGGAAGAGAUUACAAAGGAAGAGUAUGCUGCUUUCUACAAGAGCCUUACCAACGAUUGGGAGGAGCACCUUGCUGUAAAGCACUUCUCUGUUGAAGGUCAACUUGAAUUUAAGGCUGUUCUCUUUGUCCCCAAGAGGGCUCCUUUUGAUCUCUUUGACACAAAGAAGAAGCCAAACAACAUCAAGUUGUACGUUCGUCGUGUCUUUAUCAUGGACAACUGUGAGGACCUGAUUCCUGAAUACCUUGGCUUUGUUAAGGGCAUUGUUGAUUCUGAGGAUCUUCCCCUUAACAUUUCCAGAGAAAUGCUGCAGCAGAACAAGAUCCUGAAGGUUAUACGCAAGAACUUGGUCAAGAAGUGCCUUGAGCUCUUCUUCGAAAUUGCCGAGAACAAGGAGGACUACAACAAGUUCUACGAAUCCUUCUCCAAGAACUUAAAGCUUGGCAUUCACGAGGACUCUCAAAACAAGUCUAAGCUUGCUGAAUUGCUCCGUUAUCACUCUACCAAGAGCGGCGAUGAGUUGACCAGCCUGAAGGACUAUGUAACCAGGAUGAAGGAAGGACAGAGUGACAUCUUUUACAUCACUGGUGAAAGCAAGAAAGCUGUAGAGAACUCUCCUUUCCUUGAGAAGCUGAAGAAGAAGGGUUAUGAAGUUCUAUUCAUGGUUGAUGCAAUUGACGAGUACGCAGUCGGUCAACUGAAGGAGUUCGAAGGUAAGAAGCUUGUUUCGGCAACAAAAGAAGGUUUGAAACUUGACGAGAGUGAAGACGAGAAGAAGAAGAAAGAAGCUUUGAAGGAGAAGUUCGAGGGGCUAUGCAAGGUGAUAAAGGAUGUCUUGGGCGACAAAGUUGAGAAGGUUAUUGUUUCCGACCGUGUUGUGGAUUCUCCCUGCUGUUUGGUAACUGGGGAAUACGGGUGGACAGCCAACAUGGAAAGAAUCAUGAAAGCUCAAGCAUUGAAGGACAACAGCAUGGCUGGCUACAUGUCUAGCAAGAAGACCAUGGAGAUCAACCCCGAGAACCCGAUCAUGGAAGAGCUCAGGAAGAGGGCGGAUGCCGAUAAGAACGACAAAUCUGUGAAGGACCUCGUCCUCCUCCUCUUCGAGACAUCCCUUCUCACUUCUGGAUUCAGCCUUGACGAACCAAACACCUUCGGAAACAGGAUCCACAGGAUGUUGAAACUUGGCCUGAGCAUCGAUGAGGAUGCUGCAGAAGGAGACGACACCGACAUGCCUCCAUUGGAGGAUGCCGAUGCGGCCGAUGCAGAGGGCAGCAAGAUGGAGGAAGUCGACUAGAAAUAGCUAACAACAAAACCAGUAGUAUCUUUUUCAUAUUUUUUUUUGAGGAUUCUGAAGGCCUGUAGUAACUUUUUAUCUCUACUGAAUGAUGUUUCUUUUAUGUUUUGUUUUUGGAACCUAUGAGAUUGCUCUUGAUGUUAUUAGGGAAUGUUUUUUGAUAGGAAACUCCUUUUUCUAACCAUUA